GAUAAAUCCAAUUUAUAUAAAGUGAUAAAAUCAUGGAUACUUGGGAAUUCGGAUGAUAUUAUCAGGAUAUGAUGAAAGGAUUAUAAUAUCUUUAGGAAGCACUCCAUUGGGUAAUACGAGUCUCAAUGGUCCCACAACAAUUGCCAACUAUCCUUAAUUCAUUUAUGACCACUAACACUUUCAACUCAGUUCUUCAACAGACAAAUUGCUGAUUUAUAAAUGACAUUAUUCAAGCCCUUUCCACAUUUAUCAUUCAGCCUUAAUUUCUACUAACAACCCACCAAAAACUCAGUUUUAAGAGAGGUUUGUUGUCAUGGCUUCCAUGCUAAGUUCUGGUAGUGUGCUUCGACCAACGCCUUUUCUUGGCCAACCCAAAGGAGCCAAUGCCAACUCCCUCAGAGAUCUUGUUCCCAUGGGCUCUGCCAAAUUCACCAUGGGAAAUGAUCUUUGGUAUGGACCAGACAGAGUAAAAUACCUAGGACCAUUCUCAGCACAAACACCUUCAUACCUAACUGGAGAAUUUCCUGGUGAUUAUGGUUGGGACACUGCUGGUCUUUCUGCUGAUCCUGAGGCUUUCGCCCGCAACAGGGCACUUGAGGUCAUUCAUGGACGUUGGGCAAUGCUCGGAGCUCUUGGAUGCAUUACCCCAGAAGUCUUACAAAAAUGGGUUAGAGUGAGCUUUAAGGAGCCAGUUUGGUUCAAGGCAGGAGCUCAAAUUUUCUCGGAAGGAGGACUAGACUACUUGGGCAACCCCAACCUAGUUCAUGCUCAAAGCAUUCUAGCUGUGCUCGGGUUCCAAGUAGUCCUCAUGGGCCUCGUUGAAGGUUUUCGUAUUAAUGGUUUGGAUGGAGUUGGUGAGGGUAAUGACCUCUACCCAGGUGGCCAAUACUUUGACCCGUUGGGCUUAGCUGAUGACCCGGUCACUUUCGCAGAGCUCAAAGUGAAGGAGAUUAAAAAUGGAAGGCUUGCUAUGUUCUCUAUGUUCGGAUUCUUUGUGCAGGCUAUCGUCACUGGGAAAGGUCCUUUGGAGAAUUUAUUGGAUCACCUUGACAAUCCUGUGGCUAACAAUGCUUGGGUAUAUGCCACUAAGUUUGUGCCUGGGUCAUAAAUUAUUAGUCAGUCUGUAUAUGAUCUUUAAAAUGUUUGAAGGGCUCUAAUGCCACAAUGUAUGAGAAUAAUUUGUUCUGCACAUAAGGGAUAGUUCUUGUGAAAUCUAGAAAUCGAACAUUAAUGUAAAAUGUGAAUGCAUUCAUCUAGAAUGACUCGCCCUCAGAGUCCAAUUAAAUCUAUUGUUGUCAA